CAUCACUGAAACGUCGCGCGCUGUUGAUGGCAGUCGGUCGAGGGCGCCAGAAUCUCACGCAGUGCGCGCGUCAUCUCUUCCUGAGCGAGGCUGACAUUACUCUCACUCGCUGCUCCUCUGUGGAAAAACUCGGCGUCAGUCUGUUCUUGCGGAGAGGAAACUUUCUUCCUUUGACGGGGCGCAGUCGACAAGAUUUGCAGUUUUCCCAAGCGCAUACCGCUCCAUCUGUUUGGAUUACUGGCAUCCGCGACUACAAAAACAUAAUCCGCCAAUCUUUUCGGAAGGUGGAUUUGUGCGGUUCCCCUUAAUUUUUGCGUGACAACUGUAUUCAUGUGCUCGCGGCUUCCGGAUCUCUCACUGUUUUUAUCUCUCGCACAAGAGCACAGUUUGCGGAUUUUAACCCUGUGAACUCGCUUUAAAUCGCACAUUGGUUUGGAUCUCUCACUGUUUUUAUCUCUCGCACAAGAGCACAGUUUGCGGAUUUUAACCCUGUGAACUCGCUUUAAAUCGCACAUUGGUUUAAUUAAUAGUAAAUGUCAGCACCAGCAUGAAGAUACGUACGUAAGACUGGAGAUUUUCCCUGAUGAAAGGAGUCGAGCGCUCAGCUCGAGUUCACUAGGGUCACUUCCGGAUGAUGACAGUAAACAUGGAUGGCGGUCUCCAAAAUGGACCCGGACAGCACAAGAAUUCACAAGAUGAUGAAGAGGCGCUCAGCUCCAUAAUGAAGGACCUGGCUGCUUUACGCUUCUGCUGCCAGCUCAAGAGCAACAACAGCAACAAGCCCAAGAGCAAAACCCCUUCCUAUAGACAGGAUUUACGGGUGAAGCUGGAGCAUGAGCGAGAGAAACGAAUUAUUCCAUUCCAAAGGCCGCUGAAGUUCAAGGAUCUGCUUCAGAAGGUGACAGAGGCCUUCGGUCAGCAAAUGGACCUAUACUACACUGAUAAAGAGAUGUUGGUGGCUCUGAAGUGUCAGGAGGAUUUGGACAGAGCGGUUCAGGGAUUGAGCUCCAGCUCUGGAAUGAACAACGUUCUGAGAGUGAUUCUGAAAACACCUCCCAACAACCAAUUCCUUCAGGUGAGCCGCCAAGACAAGCAGAGCGAGAUGAAGUCAUCCAAGUCCCUGGGAGAUCUCAAAGCCUCGGUUCUCAAAGGCUCUGAACGAGUGCGCAAACACUCUAUAGGAUCUCUGAACACGGGUCGCACGUCACCCCCUCCGGGCAGCGUACCAGAGGAACAACAGCAGAUCGCUCGGCAGGGGUCCUACACCAGCAUCCACAGUGAAGGAGAGUUCAUCCCAGAAAUGCUCGACUCCAAUCUCAUGGAGCCGUUCGGGAGUGCGAAUGGGUCACUUUCCAGCAGCUGUCAGUCACUGGACCAAGCACUGGACAGCCCGCCAUUCUCCCAGAACAACCGGGACAACAAUUACCUGAACCUCAACUAUGAAUACAAAGGGCGUCAAGGGAAACAUGGGACCUUCCCGCGCCAGUUCCACAUGUCCAGCCGCAGUAAAGACUAUGGUGAUGGUCGGAGAACCUUUCCUCGAAGCUUUAUGCCUCAAGAGAACAUGUUUCAGCUGGUCCCGUCCAGCCGUACACACAGCUAUAAUGGAGAAAGCACCUUGCUGUACAGUGGAGAUCUGCACUCCAUCAGCUGGACUGAGAAAAACAGCCAAUGCAACACUCCUAAAUCCCCAAGGGCUCCUGUAAACUGGCGUCGGGGGAAGCUGCUCGGUCGGGGAGCGUUCGGCGAGGUCUACCUCUGCUACGAUGUUGACACGGGACGUGAGCUGGCAGCCAAGCAGGUGCCCUUUGACCCUGACUCUCAGGAAACCAGCAAGGAAGUCAAUGCACUGGAGUGUGAGAUCCAGCUCUUAAAGAAUCUGCGUCACAAACGGAUAGUUCAGUACUACGGCUGCUCGCGUGAUCUGGUGCAGAAAAAGCUGUCCAUCUUUGUGGAAUUAAUGCCCGGGGGCUCUAUUAAAGACCAGCUGAAGGCUUACGGAGCACUGACUGAAAAAGUCACCCGCAGAUACACCCGACAGAUCCUACAGGGAGUCCACUAUUUGCACAGCAACAUGAUCGUACACAGAGACAUCAAAGGCGCUAACAUUUUGAGGGACUCCUCUGGAAAUGUGAAGCUGGGAGAUUUCGGGGCCAGCAAACGCAUUCAGACCAUCUGCAUGUCCGGGACGGGAAUCAAAUCGGUCACAGGCACCCCCUACUGGAUGAGCCCAGAAGUCAUUAAUGGAGAAGGCUACGGACGCAAAGCAGAUAUUUGGAGUGUUGCCUGCACGGUUGUAGAGAUGCUAACUCAGAAGCCCCCGUGGGCUGAAUAUGAAGCAAUGGCAGCCAUUUUCAAGAUCGCAACCCAGCCGACUAAGCCAAACCUGCCCGAGGAUGCGUCCGAUGCAUGCAGGGACUUCCUGCGGCAGAUCUUUGUGGAAGAGAAAUUGCGGCCCACUGCUGAGGGGCUUCUCAGCCACCCUUUUGUCCAAGGCAGCUUCUGAUACUUCAGAUCUCUCUGGAAUCCCCAGGGAAAACCACACACCUGCUCACGGACAAUCACCACUCUGCCUUCCAAGAAACCCGCCAACCAGCCAACUAAGAACAAACGUGACCAUAAAGAGGGGGUAUGUAACUCCGAUCUCCACGACGCAGCUUGAAGAAUAUCAUAAGAGGGAACCUAUGGACAGCAGAAGCGUGAUAGCAUUGUCUAUAUUGUUAAUCAGAGUCGAAGCCCUGUCCCAAAUGAUGCACUUGGCAUUUCUUAUUUCAUGAGCUACGCACCCCUUUUGCUAAACGGACCCUUCUCAUGUUUUCAGGGUUUCAUAGUUGGGUAAAACUUACAGCAAGUUUAAUUUUGCAUUCCCGGUCCAAAAGCAAAAAAAAAAAAAAACAGUGGAAUUUCCACAACUUUGCAUAAGUGGAAAAGAGAGAAUGAUGUCAAAAUGUCAACAGUUUUGAUUAUUAUUUUGUCAUUUACUGUCAAAGUAAUAUAACACAAAUUAUAGCACUAUAUAUAUAUAUAUAUAUAUAUAUAUAUAUAUAUAUAUAUUAUGACAAACUUUACUAGAUUUACGAUGUUGAUAACCAUGGAAAUGUGUCAUCAGAGUCUGAAGAGGGAGCAAUGUUUACACCACACUAUUACCCAACAUUCCUUGUGACAAAUUACAUACUUUAAAGGGUGGUCAGAGCUAAGAGUGGGUCAGUGACAUAAACCUUUUUUUUUUGGGGUGGGGGGGGGGUCAAGUCCAUUAAUUUAUCCAAAAAUAAAUGUAAAUUUAAUUCAGUAGAACUAUUCUUAUAAUUAAGCCUCGUUAAAAUUAUUAAAUGUUUUGGAAAAAAAACAACAACAGCAGUUUAGAUUGUAGAUUGGCAUAAUAUAGAUUUUUUUUGUUUAAAUAAUCCUAUAUAAUACAUAAAGUACUUUAGGUUGCAAAAUGUCAUGUGGUGUAACUCCCCAAAACUUGAGCUUUUUAAACUUGUAAACUUGUCACAACCAAAAAGGAAAAAAAAUGAGUUCAUAUUAAUCACAAAUAUGAAAAAUUAUUAAGGUGUGUGUACUCGAUGUGUAUUUAACACGUAAGGCUAUUAUUAUAACUUUUUUUAUUCUUUAUGGUUACACCACAUUACAUUUUAAUAGGCUUUUUUAACCAUAUGAAAUCAUAUAAUAAUUCCAUUAUUAAAAAUGUCAACUACAUUUAAAAAAAAAAAUAUAUAUAUAUAUAUUCUUUAUAAUGGACACUCCUGUUUGUCAUUGCCAUUUGGGACAGAGCCUUUGGCUAGGGAUUGAUACAAUGCAGUCAAAGACUGGCACAUAAAGUGUCAAAAACAAUACUGAAAACAAUAGCUCAGUUUACAUGCAUUACUUUCAGUUGACUUGAUCUGACCCCUGAUGCACUUGAAACCAGCCCAAGCGCUCUGAGGUGACACUUCAGGGGUUGCUGAACAAAUCACAAACUGUCCGUGUUUGACACGAAUGUAUCAGAGUAUUAUUUUAAGGUGGCAAGAGUAUAAAAUGUGGUUGUUUAACAGAAUUCAUUUGGUCAUAAAAAAAAGAGUUGAUUUUGAUUAUGGCUCAUGUACCUCUGUAUCCUUGGGUCCAAUUCUGAGUGUCAUUGAAAGUACAUAGAAAAGACCUCGUGGAGCAAUUAUAAUGAUACAUGUACUGUACAAUACUCAUUUGAGUAAUUUUUUUUUUUUUUGAUGGUUAGAAUCUAACCAAAUAUGAAUGACAUGGCUUAAGACAUAUGCAACCACCAAAGUGGUAUGAGACAGAGAAAUGUGUAAUUUUUUCCCCAUGUCUUUUCAGCUAAUGAAGACUGUUUAAGCACAUCUUUUUUAUAUUAUGUAAAGUUUUAGUUAAAGCACUCCUUACCCAGAGAUAAUCACUGUAAAUAAAUUCCCAUUGCACUCUUGGACUCAUGCAUAGAGCACAUAGGAUUCAGUGAAUAUUUUUAUACAUUCUUUUAUAAUUCAUGUUUGGAAUGACAAUGCCAAACUUUUUGUAUUAUUAUAAAAAUUACCCUAAAGUGUCAAAGCAAUAUUUCAGAUAAGACUACUAUGGCUGGUGUGGUAGCAGUCUUUUACUGCUCACUCAGUCGAAUGCAACCAAAGAGUGAGAUGCUUGAAUUAUGAAUUUGGUCACUGCAGAACUGUUCAGUGUUGCUGAAACAGUCGCUGUCUUGAUUUGUAACCUAUAUGGUGAGUUUUUUUCUGUCGUUGACUCAAAUUAUUGCUCACUGAUGUGCAAACAUUUUCCUUGUCAUUGUUAAAAUGAACACAAAUUUAAAGGAAUAGUUAAGCCAAAAAUUUAAAUUUGAUGAAAAUUUACUCGCCCUCAGGUCAUGCAAAAUAAGACGAGUGUGUUUCUUCAUCAUAACAGAUUUUUGAGAAAUUUUACUCACCAAUAUGUCCUGUGCAGUGAAUGGGUGCCAUCAGAAUGAGUCCAAACAGUUGAUUAAAACAUCACAAUAAUCCAUAAAUAAAGAAUACAGUGAAGCAAAAAGGUGUUUAAUAUUUUUAAUAAACAAAACCAUUAAUAAGUUUUGAACAAUCAAUCUGACGGCACCCAUUCACUGCAGUGGAUCCAUUGGUGAGCAAGUGAUGUAAUGCUGAUGUGGUCUAUUCUGAUGAAGAAAACAUUAUCUAAACUCCUCAAACUUGGAUUACAUAUUUGGAUUAACUAUUCUUUUAAGCAUACGUUGUUUUAUAUUACAUAUUAUUUUCAUCUGGUUCAAAACGACAGUUAAAUUUGAAACUCUCGAUUCUGUGAUUGCUGUUUUUAUGUUCUGAUACACCAGCAGCAAUUCAUGUUGUAAUUAGUGCCUUCUCCGAUGACUUAUUCUGAGAGGUCAGUGGUUUUAAAAACAUGUAAUGGUGAAAUGUGUUUCCUGAUGUCCUUCAGAUAGUUUCAGUGUAUCACACACGGAUGCUGUCAAGGACAUUUGCUGAAGAUGAUUGUAUUGUAAAUACAUACUGUACUGAGCUGUCAUAAUGUUUCAUUAUAUUCAAAGUACCUUGGUCACAGUAUAAUAUUAUUGUUCAGAUUGUGGAGCGGUCUGGGUUUCAGAUGACCGCAGCCGAGGGUGAACAGACCAUACUGUGUGUUUUUUUUUGAGGGGCUAAGCCUGGAAACAUUUAUCAGUGAUUUUGUAUAUUUGAAUAAAUAAAUGUAUUGUCUAAAAA